AUGGAAAUAUUCCGUACUUCCGUGUUCACUCAAAUUGUGCUCAAAGGUGUUUUCCUAAAAUUGAUAACAAAAGAAAAAUUAUCAGAUCAAAUUGACCAACACUUAAAAUUAAUAUCCCAAAACCAUUACCAUAAUGAUAAUUAUAUUUUAUGUAAAAAUUUGAAUAUAUUGUACAUAAUGGUGAAUUUAGGUGAACUUAGAAAAUGAUAUCUAUUUCGUGGUAAAGAGGGACAAAAAAACUGAUUAUUUGGAAUAAUUUACAUAUUUUUGGAUGAAAUGAGCUAUUAUUUUUUAUCAUUUUUAAGAGUUACUGCUUUUGGCCAACACUGGUUAUAAUAACAAAUUUAUAAAAUGGUUGUGUAAAAUAAAAAAUAAACAAUCAUCAUAUUCUAUUCAGUUUUCUUUAUUUCAAAAGGAAUAGUUAACAUAAUACCAUAAAUACACAUAGUACAUAAAGAUACCCUUUUGAGGAUAAUUACUAGAUCUUUAAUAAUAAUUCAAUACAAUUUUUUUAUUUAGUUAUUGAUAUACAAUAGUAAGAGAUUUGUAAUAUAAAAGGUUUAUUCUAUCCAAGUUAUCUCACAAGUUAAAAUAUGAUUCGGCAGCUGCUGCAUUAUGAAAGUGAUUUAAAUAUAUUAUAUGUUCUUUUAAUCAGAAUAAAAUAAAAAUAAUACCUAAAAUAAUGAUAAAUAUAAUUUGUUUUUAAAACUGAAAAUAAACUCUUGUAAGAUUAAGAUAAAUCUGAGACUUUUAUAUUGAAAAGCAUAAAAAUUAUAUUAUGCUGUUAUUAGUAGAAACUAUUUUUUUUAUAAAACUGUUAAAUUAGUAUUUUAUAUAUAUUUCUUAAAAGCAAAACAAUUUGCUAAAAUUACAAUUAAUUAUUUUUAAAAACAUUUUGCAUUAUAAGAAUAAAUAUUUUGAAACAUUUUGAAAAUUUUUUUGAAAAAUUUCUUAAUUUCUAAUUGUUUGAUUGCGUACUUAACGUACAAAUCCUAUCGACUGCGCCAAAUUUAUUAACGGACCCAACGUUGGAAUAGGACUUUGAGGAAAAAUGUUUGAAAUAAAUAAAACUCCAACUUGAGUUUAUAAAUAAUACAUAUUUUCCACACAAAAAAAACUACAAGUCCAAUAAAUAAAUUCACAGAAAUAAUAAAAGUCCAAAUAAUUCGAUUCACAAACAUCGAAAAAUAUUCCAAGUCCAAUUUAAUUUCACGCACAAAAAUAUUACAUAAACCAAAGUGACGCGAAAUAGCCCGCAUUUUAUCGUGGUGGAUUCGUCUGGUUAGACGAUGUUUCGGGCAGCGGCAUAAAUGCUCUGAAGGACCUCCGGAACCCGUCGUUCGUAGUGCGGCUAUCCACAUUAUUUCGUUAGUGACAAUUUUUAUACUUCCUGGAAUCCGAGUAUUGCUCAUCGGUUCGCGCGUUUUGUUAUAAAUAUUAUUAGUUUACUUCACGACCGUACCCCAGCAACCCGUUAUUCGCAGCCGCUACUAUCUAUGUUUUAUCGCUACCCCGGAUUCUGGCGAUGGCCAAAACCGAAAUUACAUAUGUACUGUUAUUAUAUCAAUAUUACAAUUAUAACAUGUUUAUAUUAUGUUAAGGCCUAUAUUUUGGUGCUGUAUACUUUACAAGCCUGCUGCAUCGGGUAGAUAUUCGAUUUCAUGUAUGGUAAGUACUACCAUAUGCGGCUUGCACGCGUCUCUUGCGGAGGGCGCGUGUGUGGGCACGUAACAACGCCGGCACACAAAUGCAAAUUUUGUCAGUAUAAUACCGAAAUUGAGAAUUCACUCGAUAGGCUCACUCAUUCAAAAAAUAUAUUAUCCGCAUAAAUACGCGGAACCUGAUUUUCAAAAACACAAAUAUUUGCGAAACAUAAGUACAUUGGAAUAAAUAUUUUGUGACAUUAGUGGACAUUUCUUCCAAAAAAAAUUAUUCCAACGCACAUUUGUUUCGCAAAUGUUUCUUUCAAUGGACUUUUGUUUCGUGAUACUUUGUUCCACAAAACGUUUUAUGAAUCAAAUGGUCAUUGGACAAAUAGUUUUGGAAGAAAUCGGACUAAAUGUUUAUGUUAACACACAGUUUGUGGUACGAGUAUACUAUAUUUGAACACUUCUUCCAAAAUCAUUUGUUCCACAAAUUUUGUGGAACAAGUGAUUAUUGGAAUAAAUAUUUUGUGGAACAAAUAUUAUAGGACCCAUAUGUAGGCACCAAGAUAGAAACAUCGUUUUAAGCAGUGUUAUCAUGAAACCUUAAUCUUUAAUAAUAAUAAUAUAUUAUAAUAACAGUUAUCGGAUAUCGCCAUAAAAAAAAUGAGAUAACAAACACAUCUAGUCUACUAUUACUCAAUGUCCACCACGUCAUAUUCUCAUCAACCGACUCUGAAACACGGUGAGUGAUAAAGCCAUCUUUGUUACCAUCAGAGAUUUUCAGAUUUAAAAAGGAACAACUUCGAUGGCAUCGAUACCAUUACAGAUGAAUUUUGGAACUCAAUGUAUGAUAAUGUAUGAUAUGUAUGUAUAGACAUGAUAUGAUCCAACGACAGAACACGAACGAUCAACGAAUGAACCAGUUAUUUUUCGUGAUCCGAAUCGUUUAGUUGCAGUUGGUCAUUUUGGUUUUUAUUUUUGUUAUUACACGUAUAAUCACAACUCCGGGAGAACAAGUAGGAUUCCAUUCACAAAGACCAGUUCGUGAAGACUUGAACGGCACUUCAGCUCCAGGCUGUCUUGUUCGUUAUCUCUUCUCGUCGAUCUCCUUCUCUCCGACUCUACCGGUGUAGCCGAUUAUUAUUAGGUAGGUACUUUAUAUUGGACAUAACCGUUUUCGACCAAAAUUGAAGGGCUUGGUUUAACAACCAGAUAAAUCCACUUUUUAAAUUGUUCAGUAUGAAUAAAAAUAAUUUUUUUUUUACCAAUGAAAAUUUAGAAAAAAAAUUUUUUUUUGACCAACUUAAAUAUUGUUUUUAACCCAAGAAACUUGGUAGAUUUCUUACAUCAUAUCUUAAUAUUCUAUUGGUGAUGUAACUCCGGAGUUAUCUGGUUGUUGCAUUAAAAACAAAAAUAAGAUAAAUCUAAUUUCAUUAAAAACUAUACAUAUAUUUAUCAGAUUUAACUGGUUGUUGCACCUAAAUGUAGGUAAUUUUUUCUUACAUAAUAAUCAAUGAAAUAGUUCAUUUUCAAAAAAAGUCAAUUUAUCUGGUUGUUGCACCAAGCCCUUCAAUUGCACCCUUUCCUUUUCAGCCAAACCAAAAAUAUAUAGGUAAGGAAGAUAAUCUAUAAUAAUAAUAUAAGAAAAUAAAAGUAUCUUUUUUCAGAAAAAAACCUUAGGUACCUAUUUGUUUUCAAAAGCUUUCGGUAUUCGCUAAACAUUAAAAGUAGUUUUGGUUGGACACAAAAGUUGAUACUUAUAUUAAAAUCAACAGGUUUUCAUGACUUCAUCGUAGCUUUAUAACCAUUGAUUAAAUUGUUUAAAACUAAAAGUAGGUAUAUCAUAUGUUAAUAUAAAAAUAUUGUUAUUAAAUCUUUUUUUAUAUGUAUAAAUUAAAAUUUCGUUUUAAAUAUUUUACACUUUUUAAUAUGUAUGAUAUUCUUAGUAACUUAAUAUUGUUUUGGUCGAAGUGAAUUGGCUGAAAAAUGAAUCAGCUGAAAAGGGAAGGGAAGGCUAUUUUGGUCAAAUAGGGUCUUGCUCAUUGAAUUACAUUUAUAUUUGUUGUAAUAAAUUAACAUUUUUAUUUCUUACUUAUUGUGUUUGACUUUUAUUAAUAAUAAUAAUUUAUUGGCCACACUACGCUUAUACCUAUAUGACUCCCUAAUGUGCCACAAUAUUAUGAACAUUUGCUGAUUGUAAGUCACUUUUCUUUAACAUUUUUCUCAAUUAAAAACAGUAAAUCUGAGUAAAUAAUACAUGUUUUUUUGAAAUUAUCAUUAUCUCUAAUAUCAAGUUUUAGCAUUUAGGAUCACACAGCAGCACUCUCAUCCUCUGCAUUCAUAAUAUUGUUUAUUCUUUGUAUUAUGUACAUUUUAACUUCUAAAAUAUUAGUUUCCAAAAACAUUUAUUUGCACUUUCAUCUUCAGCAAUAAAAAAAAAAUUAGCAGUAAAAUUAGGUAGCAAAAAUAUAUUUUUGGAGUUCCAAUGGUAAGUAAUCUAGUGCUUAUAGAUAUCUACUAUGUUCUUCUCAACAUUUUAAACAUCUAAUUGAUAUUUUGAUUUCUGAUUGCAACUAUCUUUGGUAGAACAUAUAUUUUAUGGAAUGUAAGGAAUUAUUUUUAAAUUAUAUGUAUAGGAAAAUUAUAAUGUGAAAUUUAUAUCUUUGAAUAAUCUUCAUCGGAACUGACAUUUCAUGAAUUACGAUAAUUUCAAUAAAUUCUUUUUAGAAGUAUUAUUAUUUCAAUAAAUUCCAAUAAUUGUCUCUUCUUUGUAAUAUAUUUAAAAUAUUAUACAAUUUCACUACAUAUCAAAACAUAUAUCAAUAGAUAAAACUAUUUUUUAAUCAAAUUGAAUAGUGAAAUUAUUAAAAAAAUCUCUUUAGUUUGGUAUAACUAUUUUUGUUUCAAGUCUGUUAGAGCCAGAGUUAUAUUGGAACUCCAAAAAUAUAGUUUUGCUAUAUUCCUAUUAAAUAGACUACAUGUAUGGUCUGUGAUUAUCCUUUAAAUGAUAUUCUACCUAUAAAUCCGGGAAAAAUCCUAGAUUUAAUAAUUAUCUUUGUUUGUAAGUGACUAUUAAUUUGAACUUUAUUUAUCUUUCUGUAUUAGAACUCUAAUCAUAUUAUCUUAUAUGUUAUCACAGACUCAAAUUACAAAUUUAUUACUUUACUUGUCUUUCUUUAAUUUUAAAAUUGAAUUUCCCUGGGUAAUAUCUUGGUUAUUCUGUCAAAUGCUCAAAAGUGUUGAUUGUAAAUGUUUUAAAUUCUUAGUAUUCGUGAAAAAGUUUUAAAAAUUUUGAAAAAGAGUAAAAUCUCUAAAUUAAAAACAAAAGGUAAUAUUAUAAAUAAAACAGUGUACUGUGGAUUAUCAUACAGUAUUCAAUAUAAACUAAGUAAUAGUAUGAAGAAUAAAUACAAGUGUUAUUGCAUUUAAAUUUUAAAGUUUUCUACUUCCAAUGUAGUAUAAUUGCUGGUAUGAUUAUGUCGCUUACUAAAACUGUCGUUUUUGCAUUAAAAAUGUCUGUUGAUGUAAAUAAUACUACAUCACAAUUGUAUUUAUUUUUCAUGCUAUAUUUCCAUCCUAAACUAUUACUUAGUUUAUACUGAAUCAUAUAUGAUAAUCCAUCAUGUACUAAUUUAUUUUUAAUUUAGAGAUUUUGUUCAUUUUCAUGAUUAAAAAAUCUGUUAGAUUUUAAAACAUUUAUGAUUGACACAGACUGAGCAUUUGGGAGAAUAACAAAACUGUUACUCGAGGAAAUUCAAUUUUAAAAUUAAAGAAAAAUAAGUAAAAUAAUAAAUUUGUAAUUUAGGACUGUGAUAACAUAUAAUGUAAUAUGGUUAGAUUCCAAAUACUGAAAAAUAAGUAAAACUCAGCUUAAUAAAGUUACCUAUAAACAAAAAUAAUUAUUGAAUUCCAGAUUUUUUUUGACUUUUGUUCAGUAUAUCCCUUUAAAUACAUUAACUACAGCCAAUCUUGGUUAACUCGAAGUUAAAGGGACAAGAAAAAUAUUCGAGUUAAACAAAUUUAAAUAACAUAAUGGAAUAUUGAACAUUGAAGUGUAUAUGUAUGUUAGUAGAUUAUGAAUCAUUGUAAUGUAGUAAACUGGUUACUCCACUAUAUAAAUAAACCACUUAUCAGUAAAGGUUGUAGAAGUUCUAGUUAACCCAGUUUGACUGUAUAUUUAUUUUAUUUUUAUUCAUUUUUUUGACAUCAACAAUUUUAGUAGUUAACUUUGGUAAUAAGUAUUUAAUAAACUAAUAGAUUAAUUUAUAUACUUAUAUAAUGUAUGAUUGUGUAUGUUUUAGCAUAAUAUUAAACUAUUGUGGUCAAUUUCCACCACCUUAGAUUGAUAAUUCACCUAAUAAAAAAAAAAAAAAAAAAAUUGGCUUUUAAUAUAGAUUUUCAAAUAACUGAAAAAGUUUGUUUAUUAUUAAAUUAUGCAGCUAAAUAUUUUUGAAGCCUAAAGAUGUCUUUAUCAACCAUAUCUUCUCAGGUAAGAUAUUUAUAAGAAUUAGUGUAAUAAACUUUGAUAAAAAUGUUAUUUAUGAUUCCUAGGAUAUAUGACUAAUAAGUACGAAGAAAACAGUGUAGAAUUUAAAGAACAGGUUGUUAUUCCAAGGUUUUCCAAGAUCAAACUGUUGUAAUGAAUACGGUAAAUAUAUUUUUUCAAUUAGUAAUUAUGGGGAUUAGAAAAUUAUGAAUGCCAGCUGAUGUUAAGCAAAUAUUCAAUCUAAUCUGAGUAAUAAAAAAUAGAUUAUUUACCAUGCAGAGAAGAAAAUUUCUAUGAUCCUUGAGAGGUAUUCUAAUAAAAUAUUAACUAUACAUACUUGGUAAAAGAAACCAUUCUACAAAUAUGUUCUUUCCAUAGUUUUUUAGUUUGUAUAUAAUAUAUAAUUUUGAAUAUAUUUUUAAAACCAUAUCUACAAAAUAUAACAUUAAAUAAUAACAUUAUUCCUUUUAUUGGUAAAAUAAUAAGCCAUAAAGCACAAGCACAAAUAUUUCCUCUAUAUUCUGCAGUAUAAACACAACUAUUAUGAAUAAUUGUAUAAAUUCAGUACUUGUAUUUUUUUAUUUUUUUUUAUCAAUUAUUGACUUUUUGUAGUUUGCCAAAUAUUGAUGGUACCUAUGUUUUAAAAGAUGCAGAGUAAAAAACUGAUUAAAAAUAUUUUAAAAACAUUUUUAUUAAGAUUCCACAAAUAAUGUAUUUGUUUUUUUACAAAUGUAUAGGUUCCCCUUUUAGAUUCUGAGUGAAAAGUGGAAUCUUGUAGUUUUACUAUGAAAUUGUGUAUUUAUUUUUUUUCAUCUUUAAGCAACUUUUCUCCUAGAAAUUUUGCUCCAAUAAAAACACGAAAAGGGAACUUUUUUGUUGCAUUUUGGCUCUAGUUGGUACCUUAGAAAGACCAUACAUUGAAAUUCUUAUGAAUAUUCAAGAUAUUAAGGAAUUUACUGAUUCUUUAGAUUAAAAAAGAUUACAAAUAAAAUUAUCAUUGACAAUCAUAUUUAUUUAUUUUUUGUUAUUAUUAUUAAGUUUUCAUUAUUUUAAAUUGCUUAACUUUGUUUCCUACUUUCCCACCAUAUAUAUAUAUAUAUAUAUGUUACAUUACAAUAAUAGUACAAUAAUAAUAAUUAAUACUUACCAGUAAUUGUAAAGUAUAAGGUUAUCUAUUUAUGUGGGUACAUUCAAUAUCUUGAAAAGUAUUAACUCAAAAGAAACUUAAAACAUAUACAGAUAAAGUAAAUACAUUUUAGUGUUUAAAUUUUUGAUUUUCACCUACCCAUUGAUGAAAUAUUCUACUUUAAAGUUUGGGUAGAGAGAUAGUAAUGAGCAUCAUUUGUGUGGCAUCACUGUGAAGUGGUGUAAUAAUGCUUCAUGUAUAAAUCCAAUUUUCAUUACUUAUAUAGUUGGUAGGUACUGUUCAUAAAAUACAUUUUAAAAUACUUGUUAAACUUCACAUUAUGUUUUAUUAAAAUUAAAUUAAACAUUUCUUUUUAUAUAUAGUCUCACAUUUUCAAUGUCUAUUAGAUAAAUAUUAAUUGGAAAUAAUUGUACCUAAUUGUAAAACUGCCAGCUACUUUAUAUAUUUUAGUAUGAAUAAAUUGUACAAACACCUUUUCUUUUUGUCACAUUAAAAUUAAAAUGUAAAAUCUAAACAAUGUCAAAUAAAUAAAUAAAUUCUAUAAAUUCUAAAAAUUGUUGUAUAAUAAUGAGUACAAUAAGUUAUGUUUGCCAUGUAACAGUUUUAUAUAGAUUAAUAUUAUGAACAUUUAUUUAAAAUAAUUAAAACUUAAAUAACAAAAAUUAAAUAAACACUGUUGUCAAUUACAACUUUACUUUUAAUCUUUCAAUAUUUUUUAACCUAAAGGUUCUCCUCAAAUAUUACUGCGAAUUGCAAAAAAAAAGACCUUUCCAAAGUGCCAACCACCCAGAGAACAUUUCCUUUCAGUAAUGAUGCUAUACUUGAUAAUCGGAUAAUCUUUUUUUCUGGCAGAAAAAGUGUUAUCUAAAACAAGAAAUAGGUACUAACCAAAUAAUUGAAAUAUUAAAAAGGUGUCUAGUGAAAUAGUUAAAAUUGUUCAUUUAAUUACAAUUGUAAAUAAAAUAUAUUAUAUAAUUGUGAUUUAUUCAAUUUAAGAAGAAUGUUGUGUUACCUUUAAAUUUUAAUUGUGUCUUAUUCCUUUAGGAAUUAUUAAAAUUUUUCUAACCAAUUUUAAUUCUGAUGAAACAUAUUUGGGAAUUUUUAUCUAAGAACCAUAGUGUAGAACUAGAAUUUCUAAAAUUCACAAAUUUAAGCUGGUACAAAAAUAAAAUAAAGGUUUUCACCUUUCUAAUAAUGCCUUAGACACUGAUUUGAGGCCACUAAAUGUCAUGAGGAUGUGGCUCAUUGCCUGUCAUGCCACCUUAUCCCUAUGCCACUUUAAAAGAAUUACAUAAAUCUUAAAAAUGUUUAUUAAAUAUUAGUCUUACUCUCUCUCAUAAUUUUAAUACAUCAUAUUAUGAAUAACAUAAGUUUGAAUGUUUUAAAUAAUAUAAGUACUUAGAUUAUUAACAAAAAAAGAUGAGCUAGGAUAAUGGGGACGGGUGCAGCUACUGUUAUAGGUAAUUGAAUGUAUAUCUGUAAGCAAAGAUAAACCAUUGCUAAGGAAAAACUAUUUUAACCGUAGUUCAGUUAAUAGUGAUGCUUUGUCAACAAUACAUAGUCAUAUUAUGGUAAAAUAAUUAAAUAGGCAUUAUAUAUUUUCUUUAAUAAUAUUUGUUUAAUAUUGUAUCAAUUAUCCCAUUUUUUUACCCUAUUUUUCACAUUGGCUGGGAAAACUUUUGGGAAAUUAAAAAAUGGCCACCUUAAAGUACCUUCUCAGUCAGAUUUACUUUCAGAAAAAGUGUUAUCAUUAUAAAUUUUACUUAUACCUGCAUCUUGUACAUUUGCUGACAUUUUAUCCUGGUUUUUCUCAAUUAUUAUGAAAACCAAUUGGAAAAUCAAAAAAUGACCCCUCAAUAAUACCAUCUGGACAACAUUCCCUUUUUGAAAUGGUAUGUAUCAGAGAAAAAAAAAUAAAAAUCUUUGUAAAACAAAUACAUUCUUCACUUAACUCAGAAUCUAAAAUUAAUUUAAUAAAAAUGCAUUUUUUUUUUUUAUAAAAUAAUGGUGUCCAAAUAUUGUGUUAAAUUAAAUACUUAAGGUAUUAAUGCAUUUUUAGUGAAAUUAGUGGGGAAUAUUUUGAAACUAACCUUUACCAAAUCACAGUUUAUUUUUAUUGUUAACCUUUUAUUUAACUUUUUUUUUUAUUUUUUUAUUUUAGAAAUAUACAAUCUUUGACUUUUGA